AGUAUUUGGUCGUCAGGUAUUAACUAAUUUAUAACAGGUAAACAUGCUACACCUGUAUAACCGACUCGAUUGAUUUGGUAAUGACAAUUCAUUAGGUCACAAAUUUGAUUUAAUUUACAAUUGGGAUUGUUUAACUGUCGUUAUAUCAGAUUUUAAAGUUAAAAUGUAGAGAGGAUUUACACUUAAAAAAAUAUAUUCUUUUUAUGUGCCAAAGUUUUGCCAGUAAAUGUUAAUAUGAAAACUGAAGCUUAUUCCCCAAAAGUACUGGGUCACGGACAAGGAAAAUGUGCCACAACAAUCUUAACUGAAGGUGGAUACGUUUACCCUAUAGUGUCCUCCACAAGUUAUAAUGAUAGGAUUAAAUCUGCACCGUAUACCUAUGGACGAGGUGCAAGACCCAUGCAUAGGAGUACACUCACUAUAACUAAACCACCGUGGAACUCACAUGAGGAGUAUAAAACUACAGCUAAACAGUAUUUUAGCGGGAGUAAAAGUUUAAACCCAGUACGACGACCGCCAUUAUGUCCGUCUAUGCACCGUUCUCAGAUUAAAAUGGCCCAUCCUUCCGAUGAGAAGAAGGGAUGGGAUACAGAUUACACUGGUACCUACAGAGAGAAAGACAUUGUACCUACUGAUCAAUUACCGGCCAAUAGACUUCAUUUAAUAUCACUGAGAAACAGAAUAGACCAGACUGAGGGUGGAGAGAUGAAGAAAGUUGUCAAACCGGACCAGUCUCCACAGAGUUACUUCACACAAUACAAUAGGACACAUAAUAAAUUAGGGAACCUGUUAGGGCCCGGUGUACCUAGAGGAUAUCCAAUUAGAGAAAGUUAUAAUAUACUCACAGGGGAGGAGACAGGAUUAGCAUGGAAGGAAGACAAUAAAAGAACAUCAGGAAACAGACAUUUAUAUGACAGUCGAUGUACGGAUAGAUCUUAUUCUAUACUCUGUUGAUUCUGUUAUGGCAUGUUUUCUGUGUCAGCUAUGACAUCAUAUUUCUUUGGAAUCAAAAUAAGUAAAGAUACUGUCGAUGACUCAUUUUAUUUUGUGCAAUUUAGUUAUUUAUUACAAUUGUGUCUGUACAGUGUAUAUUUGAAAUGAAUGAAAAUUAAAGUUUUGAUAUUAAAGCAUAAUAAUGUAUAGCA